UCCGGGGAUCCACGCAAAGAAGCGCAAAAACAACUGAGACGCUCUUUUCCACAGGCAUCCGUCGCUGCACUAUGACUGCUGCGACACCGCAAAGCACACCUUCCCGCCUCUCUAUCCACCAGGACACACCCGUGCUGCUGCCGGGCCACGGCGAUUGACGAGCCUGCAUGCCUCGACGGCAAUAGCGCCCGUGAAGAAAACAACUGAAACAUGGCUCCCCCGACGUCACCCUCGUCGCACUCGCGCACGUCGUCCAACGCCAGCGCGAGGUACAACCCCCACGCGCCCACCACACCCAGCCAGCUACGAAACUCCCAUGUGCCCUCGGAGCGCUCUUCGUCGCCAGAAGAGACCAUGCACGCCGCACCCGACCACGACGACGGGCCCGCCCACGCUCCCAGUAGCGCUGCGCACCAUGACCUCGAGUUCAGCACCGACGGCAUCCACAUGAGUACAGACCGCGCAUCAGUGCACUCGGCAGACGACAACGCCGAAGGACCACGCGGCGGCAUAAUAGACGUCGACCUCGAGCCCACGGUGCGAACACGGCUGCUGAACCACAAGAACUGGGACUCCGCGUCGGGCUGCGGCGAGGAGAACUGCAACCAUGGCGCCAUGUCCCCGCGGCCAGCUUCGAGCAAGAGCUACGGAAGCUUCAACACCGACGGCGGCUUUGGUGGACGCUAUCCUGGCGCAAUAGACCCUCGAACAGGGGAAGCAGCAGAUGCGACGCACGCCCUCUUGGGCGAUGCAUUUGCUGACGGCGUGCUGGGUGGCCGCGCCGGCAAGAGCACGACACAGUACCUGGCCGAACGGCACGGUGUCAAGCACAAGAAACUGAUGUACAUUGCAUACUAUAUACCUAUCGUGAACUGGGUACAACAGUACGAGCUGCGCUACCUCAAGGGCGACUUCAUCGCAGCUUUGACCAUGGCUUCGUUCUAUAUACCCAUGGCGCUCUCGUACGCGUCCAACCUCGCUCACGUUCCUCCGGUCCAUGGUCUAUAUAGCUUCGCCAUAAAUCCUUUGAUAUAUGGAAUCUUGGGUACAUGCCCCCAGAUGGUGGUUGGACCAGAAGCACCGGGUUCGCUGUUGACAGGCGAGGUGGUGCGGGACGUCAUCAGGCAUGGCUCAGGCGACCAAGAUGGAAGGAAGAAUGCAGAGAUUGCAGGCAUUGUUACUUCGCUAGCUGGCGCCUUCAUCUUGACCGCGGGCAUAUUCCGACUUGGCUUCCUCGACAAUAUUCUCAGCAGGCCCUUUCUGAGAGGCUUCAUCAGUGCCAUCGGUAUCGUCAUUUUCAUAGACCAGCUGAUCCCGGAGAUGGGAUUGGCCAAGCUUGCCGCUGAUGAAGUUUCGCAUGGAAGUACCGUGGACAAGCUCGUGUUUCUGGUGAGGAAUCUAGGGAGCGCCCACGGGCUCACAGCCGCACUUUCCUUCACUGCGUUCGGCAUCAUCAUGUUCUUCAGAGAGCUCAAGAAGCGCCUCCAAUCACGUUACCCAAGCGUGGCCUAUAUCCCAGAUCGUUUCGUCGUGGUCGUCCUAUCAGCCAUCAUCGUUUGGAAGUUCCGCCUGGACCUCAAGGGCGUCGCCAUCCUCGGAGACGUCAAAUCCAGCGGAAGCGUUUUCGCCGUGCACUUCCCGUUCGAGGCUUCUCACCUGAAGUAUGCUGGGGACGCCAUCAAUACCUCGCUCAUCAUCGCUCUCCUAGGCUUCUUCGAGUCUUCAGUAGCAGCCAAAUCGCUGGGCAGCGGCGACCGUAACAAAGAUGGCGUAUCCAUGCCGCUUUCCGCAAAUCGCGAGCUCAUCGCUCUUGGUACCGCAAACAUUACAGGCGGCCUCUUCAUGGCGCUGCCAGCCUUUGGUGGUUAUGGACGAUCAAAGGUGAACGCCUCUACGGGCGGACUUACACCCAUGAGCUCCAUCUUCCUUUCCAUCAUCACCAUCCUUGCUACGUUCUUCCUCCUUCCAACGUUUUACUACCUGCCCAAGGGCGUGCUCUGCGCCAUGGUCUCAGUAGUCGCCUACUCCCUUGUGGAAGAAGCUCCACACGACAUCAAGUUCUUCGUCCGUGUCCGCGGAUACUCGGAGCUCAUCCUGAUGUUCCUCAUCUUCGUCGUCACCAUCUUCUGGGACCUCAAGCGCGGCAUCGGCGUCGGCAUCGGACUCUCGAUCCUCCGCCUCGUCCGCCACUCGACCCGCCCACGCAUCCAGAUCCUUGGCCGCGUGCCAGGCACCACGGACAAGUUCGCCAACGCGGAAAUGGACCCCGACAGCCUCGAGUUCAUCGAAGGGUGCCUCAUUGUCAAGAUCCCCGAGCCGCUCACCUUCUUCAACACAGGCAACCUCAAGACGCGCCUCAAGCGUCUCGAAGACCACGGCACGGCGUCGGCGCAUCCCGCGCUGCCACGGGUACGCCGCGAGGAACACAACAAGAACAUCAUCUUCGACGUGCACGGCGUCACGUCGCUCGACGCGGCGGCGGCGCAGAUACUGGUCGAGAUUGUAGAGUCGUAUCGUAAACGCGACGUUAGUGUGUUCUUCUGCAGGGUCCCUCACGAGCGGUCGCUGGUGGGGCUGCUUUUCGAGAAGACGGGCAUCGUCGAGUUGUGCGGUGGGCGGAGGCAUUUUGUCAGUAGCGUUGAACAGGCGUUGCGGAUGACGGAGCUGGAGCGGAUGAGUGAGGAGUUUGGGAGUGAGGCGGGCAGCUCGAGGGCGGGUGCCGGUACGGGUGCGGAGAGAAGGGCGACGGUGUGGUAGGGGCAAUGUGUGUGCGCAUCAAUGGGCAUUCAGACGGCGUUUGAGCGUGGCAUGGCAUGCAGCGAGGAUAUGCGUUCUUCUUGGUUAAGAUUGAUGUUCACCCAUGUGCAUUUGAAAUCGGAAAGACGUAAGAGAGUCGACUUG